GUUUAGUUCAUACAACCAAACUGCACACCAAUUCUUCAAAUUUAUAAAAUUUUUGAAAGUUAUGGUAAAUUAUUUUAUAGCGAAGUAUUUAUUCAGGAUGGUAGUAUAGAAUUAAAACUCUAACUCCGUGACAUUUGUUAUUGGCCAUCACAUGGCACAAACGCUAACUGUGAGCGCGCAGCGCUGCACAUAAUUGCUUCUGUUAACCAGAGAGCGCUACAUUUAAUAUGUUUUACGUCUCAUCUUUGUCUCUACUAUAUUUAUCCUUUCAAACGGUGACAGUGCGGUCUUAAAGCAGAUCAAAAGGGGGAAAUGAGCAGCUUCGUCUCGAUUAGUGGAGUGGAACCACAACAGCAUCGUGCAGCGUGAUUUGAUGCUCACAUGAAGCCACUGCCAGUUACAUAGAAACUACGGCAUAUUCACAGAAACUCUAUUUAUACGUGCUCCACGUUUGAUUUGAUUCAAAUCUGUGUUGUUACCGGUUACAGCGGCUUCUCACUUUAAACAGGUGUCUCCCUGCCCUGGAUUUAUGACGUUUUUAGUCUUGUUGGAGUUCAUUGGAUGACAAUGAAAGUCCACAAGGUUUCUCCUCGGUCGCAAAACUCCACAAAACGCCAUGGCAAGAAUAAAUGGCGCAAAAUGAUACACAGACGGGACUCAUUGCUCCUAAAUACAAGUCCUGGGACUGCAAAGUUGGCGCAACAGAUAACCAAAAGGGAGAAACCUGCAUUAAAACAGUUGAAGAAGUUGUAUACGAAGCCUAUCCCUGAAGACCGUUUUCCUGAGGAGAGAAAGGAAAAGGCCACUUCUGUGACUUUUGCUCAUGUCCAUACAAAUGGAGGCACUGAACUGGAUGACAGCAGCAGUUCAGUGGACUCUCAAGAAUGGAGUGAAUAUGCCAAUAGUGUUCUUAAGAAUGGCAUGGAGAGUUCAACCUCACCUAAAACAGACCAGAUGGAGGAGGACGGUCUUCAAUUCCAUGCCCACUUUGAUCAUACCCACAACCGUGCUGUUUUAGUCAUGAAACAAGGCCAGGUCUUGUGUUUCCGUGGGAAGUGCCUGCUCACUUGCCUCUAUGGUCACGUAGAGGUGCUGGGCUUCACCAUCGAGGAGGGCCAACAGCCUUACCCCCUGUUCUCACCACCGUCUCACUGCCCUCUCACCAUCACGGCCUUAGGAAACAACCCCCCCUCCGGCAAGAACAAGAAAGAGGGGCUGCUGGAAGCAAAAGCCAUUGUUCGCAAAUAUUUCUCUUCAGAGCCAAGUAAAAAGCUCAUGAGUGAGGUGGAUUCUGACUCCUGCGUGGUGCUUCUGGAGCCUCUGGACACGCCGCUCACCCGCUUCCUCACCAGCUUCUCAGAGCUCUCGGAGAUCUUUGGCCUCAACUCCAAGGAGCUGAAGUCUCAGGCUGCCGUCUAUAGCCCUGUUCUGUCAGCUGUGGGUGUAACAGCUCUGCGUGGACCUUGUGCACAGGGUCUGGUGCUGUCACGUAGCUACAGAGAAGCUAUAAGCGGUUUGCUCAGUGCCUGGGCAGGGGAAUUUGUCCGCUGUCCCAUAAUUCUUGUGUGUGGGGGGAAGUCUUCUGGCAAAUCCACCCUCAAUCGACACCUUAUUAACAGCCUGCUCAAUCACACUGCAAGUGUAGAGUAUUUGGAGUGUGAUCUAGGCCAGACUGAGUUCACCCCUCCCGGAUGUCUUUCCUUGAACACAGUUACAGAACCACUGCUGGGGCCUCCUUUCACACACCUGCGUGACCCAGAGCACAUGGUGUAUUAUGGUCAGGCAGAUUGUCAGGCUGACAUCGAUCGGUAUCUGGAGUCUCUCAAAUCCCUCUGGCGUCAUGUCAGUGGAGAAAGUCCUGUCAUCAUCAAUACUAUGGGCUGGAUCAGAGGUCAUGGCUUUCAGAUACUGGUCGACCUCAUUCGCCUGUUUUCUGUUAACCUGCUGUUGCAUUACAAAUAUUCAUUAUACAUCAAUGCAGGAUUAUACAAUCUUCCUUAAAAUGUAAUUUGCCUGCUGUUGUGUUUUUAAGGUGUUCUGAGAGGGGUAGACAUGGCACGUGGUUUGUACUUUCUGGUUACUCCAGUGUCCCCCUCUGUCCUGAGGCAUGUGAACUGUCUCCUGCUGGGAGAGAUCACUCUGCCUAAAAUAUUGCUCACCAAGCAGCAUGGAGUUGAAGGAGAUUUCCCUUACGUUACCACAGACUACAGUUUUGAAGUCCAAGGGGCAGGAAAGCUUCACAUCUACAAGGGAUUGGCAAGGCCUGGUUUUAUAAAGUCAAAUAACUAAGCUCUUCUGUAUGGACUCUGCUUUCUGUGAACGACAUUUGUAUCCUUGUAUUUGUUAUAUACCCUAAAUAUUGAGGUAAAAUUUGCCAUUGAAUGUACAAAUCCACACAAGUUUUUUGGUCUGUAUACUGUGGAGAGAUGGAGUGUAUGAGUUCAUAUGCUGUUUCUUUAUCUCUUGUUGAAUGGCUCCAUGUUUAAGAUCCAUAUGGAAAACUCUUCCUCAUGUUUUGAUUUGCUGUACUGUUACAGUUUGUCAACAUGUCUAUUAAGAGUCUUUAUUUUCUUUUACCAAGUCACAUUCCCAAACUAAGAUAAUGCAGACUGUAAAAUAUUAAAGUGGGUUUC